AUUAAUGACAUAAUUUGCAUUUUUGGGUGAACUAACCCUUUAAAAUUACAUAACUUUCUAUAAACACACAUUUAAAAAAUCCUGCUUUCUUUCUUCUUUUCUAUCUAAAGCUUACUUUCACACUUGGCAUAGAGAUUAUGAAUAUCAGCUCUUUUACGAUAAAACGCUUGUGAUGUUCUUCAUUUGUAAGUAGCUUUGGAUAAAAGCAUCUGCUAAAUGAUUAAAUGUAAUGAUUAUGUUGCUAAAUUUCCUUUAGGUUUUUAUAAUGACUUUAAAUGAUUCAUCCAAGAAGAACAGCCAGUUCAGUCAGAACUGUUUUAUAAUAUUAGUUUAUACUGUUUAGAGACUUUUGUUUUCAAACUGUUACAUAAUGUGAAGUUGGUUUUGAACUGAUGCCAGCCUUUUGUUCAAAUAAUCAUCUUUUGGAUUGUGUCCAUAAAGUAAAAAGAGAAAACAGCCAAAAGAGAUGAAGUACCAUUCAGUUGUUCAAAAACUAAAAUAAAAAUAAAAUAAAGGUAUAAAAAUUCAAAAUAAUACGUUAUUAAAAUAUUGAUAUUUUUAUUUUUAUCGAAUUUCAACUAUAAUAGAACCUACCAUUACCAUAAUACAAAAUGUAUUAAAAAUGAUACACGAUUUUGUCAUUCCACAAACCCCUACGGCAUAUGAGAUUUUACUGACCGCCUUAACCACAGAGAUGUUAGUCUUUCAUAAUAUAAUUACCAUUUCAAUUCACCUCAUAAUAAAACAUGCCCUUCCCAAAUGCUUUACAUAACCCUGAUUUGCAUCUACAACAUCAUGUUCAAAUUGUGUUCCUUUGGCACCCUUUCAGUCUGGAAGCACAUCCGCGCAGGCAGCGCAGUGCGUCCGCGACACGCUCGGAGAGAAACGGGACGCGGGCCGCGCUCAAUCCCAACAGUAGAUGGCAGCAGCCCAAGAAAGCUGAUCCCGUCGGGUUCACCACUACUCUGCCUCUCAGUUGUGCAGCAGCACUCGCACUGGAGGCAGCGGUGGUUUGAGGGACGUCCAAUGAAACAGAAGAGCCGCCAGCUGCUCCUUUCGACUUUUACGCGUAGCCUGUCCUCCGCACCCGGAGACAGCACGUUCUGAAACCGCCAUGGAAGACAAAUCCAAUUCGUUCUCGAGCAACAAAGAGGAGAAAGUGGAUGGGAAUAAUGUGUUCCAGAGGCAAGACUCGAUCUUGAAGAACAGCAUGGGGAGCCAGAACAUGAAAGACCACGGCAACUCAGUGGGUGUCAAGGGGGACCGGGAAGAAGCCAUGGUCGGUUUUGACGAUAUAGACGCCGCGUCCAGGCAAUCCGGGUUUAUGCAGCGGCAAUUUGGAGCCAUGAUGCAGCCCGGGGUGAAUAAGUUCUCCUUGCGGAUGUUCGGGAGUCAGAAAGCCGUGGAGAAAGAGCAGGAGAGAGUGCAGACGGCUGGAUAUUGGAUCAUUCACCCCUAUAGUGAUUUUAGGUUCUACUGGGACUUGAUAAUGCUCAUCAUGAUGAUGGGGAAUCUUAUUAUCAUUCCUGUGGGAAUUACCUUCUUUUCCGAGCAAACCACCACCACCUGGCUCGUCUUCAAUGUGGCGUCGGACACCAUAUUCCUGGUGGACCUGGUCAUGAACUUCCGAACAGGAAUUGUGAACGAGGAGAGCUCGGAGAUCAUCUUGGACCCAAAGGUCAUUAAGAUGAACUAUCUGAAGAGUUGGUUCGUGGUAGACUUCCUAUCCUCCAUCCCAGUGGAUUAUAUCUUUCUAAUAGUGGAGAAAGGCUUCGAUUCGGAGGUCUACAAGACGGCCCGAGCGCUGCGUAUCGUACGCUUCACCAAAAUCCUCAGCUUGCUCCGUCUUCUCAGGCUUUCACGCCUCAUCAGAUACAUCCACCAGUGGGAGGAGAUUUUUCAUAUGACGUAUGACCUGGCGAGUGCAGUGGUAAGAAUCUUUAAUCUGAUUGGCAUGAUGUUGUUGCUGUGUCACUGGGACGGAUGCCUGCAGUUCCUGGUGCCUCUCCUGCAAGACUUCCCUCCUGAUUGCUGGGUGUCCUUAAAUGGUAUGGUUAACGACUCCUGGGGAAAGCAGUACUCUUACGCCCUAUUUAAGGCCAUGAGUCACAUGCUGUGUAUUGGGUAUGGAGCCAGGGCGCCCGUCAGCAUGUCAGACCUUUGGAUCACCAUGCUUAGUAUGAUUGUAGGCGCUACCUGUUACGCCAUGUUUGUGGGCCACGCCACAGCUCUCAUCCAGUCUCUGGACUCGUCUCGACGACAGUACCAAGAGAAGUACAAGCAAGUGGAGCAGUACAUGUCCUUCCACAAGCUGCCAGCUGACAUGCGGCAGAAAAUCCACGAUUACUAUGAACAUCGCUACCAGGGAAAAAUCUUCGACGAGGACAGCAUCCUUAACGAGCUCAACGACCCACUCAAGGAGGAAAUUGUGAACUUCAACUGUCGCAAGUUGGUGGCCACUAUGCCCCUGUUUGCAAAUGCAGACCCUAACUUUGUGACGGGAAUGCUGAGUAAGCUAAAGUUUGAGGUCUUCCAGCCCAACGAUUACAUUAUUCGCGAGGGAACCGUGGGUAAAAAGAUGUACUUCAUACAGCAUGGAGUGGCCAGCGUCAUUACCAAAUUCAGCAAAGAGCUGAAACUCACCGACGGAUCGUACUUUGGAGAGAUCUGCCUGUUGACGAAGGGUCGUCGUACAGCUAGUGUCCGCGCUGACACCUACUGCCGACUUUUCUCGCUGUCUGUGGACCAUUUCAACGAAGUCUUGGAGGAAUAUCCCAUGAUGCGCCGUGCUUUCGAAACGGUGGCAAUUGACCGCUUGGACCGCAUCGGGAAGAAGAACUCACUCCUGCUCCAGAAAUUUCAGAAGGAUCUGAACGCUGGCGUCUUCAACACUCAGGAGAACGAGCUGCUGAAGCAGAUCAUUCGGCAGGACCGAGAGAUGGUGAUGAUGGUGGAUCGGAAGCAAUCGGUCACGGGGAUGAACUCCACGCCGAUGUCUGGAAACUCCAUCAUUAACUCUCCCGCUCAGCCACCGUUCACUACAGCGACUGCUAUUCUUGGGAACAACCAAUUACAGCAGCAGGCCGCCCCACUAAGCUACAGCACCUCCGCCACUAUAACCCCAUCAGGCCGCGUGCCGCCCUCACAGGGCGUCACGUUUUCGGCGCCGAGCGUUUCUCACGGCAACUUGAGCACCUCUUCCCAGAAUCCCCCUACUCCCUUGCAGCAACCGGCGGGGGCAAUCAUGUCCCCUUGUUCGUUCACCACAUCCAUUUGCAGUCCCCCGGUGCAGACCCCUAUAGCCAGUCGAACAUUCCAGUAUGGAUCGCCGACGGCCUCCCAACUGUCCCUUGUACAGCAACCCUUACCCCAGCAGUCGUCGCCCGCCUCCAUACCACAACAACCGGCACAACAACAGCCGCAGCAAUCGCAAGGGGCGUCCCCUCAGAGAAGCGAUGUCCACAAGAGCGCACAGGUGCUCCAGUCAGGCAGCCUGAGCAAGGACUUACGCCACCUCUCUGCCUCGCAGCCGUCACUGCCCCACGAGACCUCAUUGGCUGCCCGAGCACACCCCACAUCAGGCGAAUCACUCGCUUCCAUUCAGCCACCCAUGGGAUCCGCGGCAGGCGUCCAGGCCCCGGGCUCCGUGCUGCAAAGCGGCAUCCGUACCAACGUCCCACAGAGGGUUGCCCUUUUCCGGCAGAUGUCAUCGGGCGCGUUACCGCCGGUGCGCAUGGCGCCUUCUAGUGCCCAGCACAGGGAUUCCACGGGCUCCAGGAGAGAGUCGGCAGUCUUAAGCAGUACAGAGACGGAACAAGACAAGAUGCGGUUCGCAUCGAAUUUAUGAUCCCAUUUUACUUUUUUCACAUUCAUUUUUUUUUUUUUUUUUUUUAAAGAUUGAUUUUUAUGGAGAGACAAAAAAUGGGGAAAAGACUUGUAUUUUUUUUCCUCCAACUUCCUCUGAAAAAAAUAACCUCAUAGCUAUCCUGUACAGAAUUUCCUUGUACUAUAUUUUAGACACACUUCCCCUUCAACUUAAGAAUGUAUAUUAUACAAAUAUAUAUGUGCGAAUCCAACUAGAAUAUUUGGCAUUGACCAUAUGGGAAAGAAAAAAAAAAAACUCUAGUAUAAACGCAAGUCUUCCUCUCUAACAUACGUGACUAUAACGUGUCUGAAGAUGUUCUUUUCUGUUGACGUUUUUCAUUACAGUUCAGAUUUUUCGUUUUUGGUACGGGAAUGCAAUGAUGUUUUUGAAUGUGUUUUUGUUGAAUUUUUGUUCUCGACGAGAAGAUGACAAAACAAGUCCAGCAUUCAGCAGCUUUUGGCAUCACUGUGGAAAAUGUUUGCGCAAAACAAACCUGGGAAAUACUGAAAUGUAUAAAAAGCACAUCUACAAACUUUUACCGGCUGGAAAAAAAAGUUAAUAUCAGAAAAUGCUCGGCGCACCAAAUCAAGGUGCAGUUCCGACAUCUGCAAUACUUCGUGUUGUGCAGUAAUUGCGUUGUGUUUCAAGACAGCCUUUGUGCAUUAAAGGGAAUAAAUGUGUUUUUUUUUUUUUCUGUUUUUUAUUUUAAUUUAGUUUCAUUUAUUUUUACGAAGGAUGUGUGGUCAAAUCGGAUGGUUUUAUUUUCUAUAUCUGAUUUCAGAGCGAGUCAGACAUUUUGAAAUGUCACUUAAAGACUGUACAUUUACAAUAUUUAUAAAACUAAAGAUUAUCACCAUUAUGCAAUAGACUGUGAUAUAAAGAUUACCUAUAUGUGUGUUGUACAUAGUUUUGUAGAACUAGUAUUUAAAAAAGUAAUGUGUGGUGCAUUUCAACAUGGCAAUGUCUUAUCUCUGUCAGCCGCCUGGGUAAUGUCUAUAUAUGCAUAUAUAUAAAUAUAUAUUCAAAUGGUAAUAUGUGACAACAAACAUCAGAAACAAUCAUUAGAGAUAAGAAAACCUUAAUGCAAAUAGUAGCACUAUACUGUAGGUAGCACUAUAUGUAUUCCAAAAUAUCUUGCUGGUCAAAAGUAAAGGUAUACGGGUGGGGUUUGGGGGGGGGGGGGGGGGGAUUGGGAUUCAUCAUCAACAUCAUCAGCUCAUCAGCAGCAAGGCUUAAUGCAAAUGUUACAUCACCAUAUACAUUUGACAAUCCGUAAAUGGAAAUCAAAUGUAUUUAUUUGAACAUUUCCUGGGCUGACGUAACAUCAGGAAGCCACCAGCUGUCUGUGUGCAUCAACAGACGCUUUCUUUUAUGAUGGUUUUAUAUUAAUAGUGUUCAUCUCAUGGAUCAGUAUUAUGUACACACUACUCUAACAUCAUACUAUUACAUAGAACUAGAUGUUCUGGUUAUGCAUUUUCCGUUAUUUUUCAUAUUUAAAGACUGUGAAAGCAUAACAUUUAUUUAUGUAUUUAUUUUCACUGUAUGUAAUGCUAGUUUUUAAAAAACAAAAACAAAAAAAAAACACAUCAACCUUUAAGUUUAACCUUUAUGCAACAUAAUAAUCUGUAAACCGACGGCACUGCAGACUGCAGAAACUAAUAUUCAAGAGUAAUUAUGUGAAUCCAACAAAGUGUCAGAAAGAAUAGAUGGACAAAUAUUCAAGAUAUUCAAAGAAAGAAAAACAGAAGCUGCUUUGCAUUAAGGUUUUUAUCUCUCCCGUUCGUCGAUUCAUCCAGUCUGGGGCUUAAGACUUUGAAAUGGCAUGUCAGUCGCCCGUAUUGGGCAUAACUAGAGGUAACUAGCAGCUGUGACUUAUUUGACUACUUUAAUUUAUUCUUACAAUACUGCUACCGAAAUUCGGUAGACUAAAGCAAAAACUUAUCUGACCUGUGCAAAGUCUCCAAGCCCCCUUGCACAAUGUCAAAAAAAAGAAGAAAAACCCCACUUGUGUCAGUUCUGUACCAGUGCAAAUCCCAUACAGCAACCAUAAACGCAUGCAUUAACAUGAAUACUUAAAAAGAGAAACUAUUUAAAAAAUGUUGAGAUUUAAAUGUAUUGUGAGAUUAUGUUUUUUUGUUUAUUGUCUGCCUAGACGUUCUCUGUGCGUAUCAGAAACAUUGAAUUUUCACGAAAAGGACAUUCUUAAGUAUUUGUGCCUAAACUAUAGCCAUGUUUCAUCCUGUUCCUUUCAUGAGUGUGACUCGUGUGUGUAAACACACACACACACCUGUGUGUAAACAAGUGUAUACGUGUUUGUUCAAUGUUUUCCAAUGAGAACAAAAAGCAAUGGGAAUGGCCAAAAGUAUCGGAGCAAAAAAAAAACAAACGGGAUCGCAGCGGUCUUUGCUUGGCAUUAACAAACUAGUGAAAAUACCAAGUAUAUCUAUUCGCAUUUAACAAACUAAUCAGUAUCGACUGGAAUCACGAUAGAUCCUGGGAAUGGUUAAAUGUGUGUGGGACUAAACUUUAUAGCCACUGAUGUUGUGUGGAAUGAAACUGGCCAAAGCGAAACUUUUCAGAUACAAACUUUCAUUGUGAAUUGCACUUUCUGUUUAAAGAGAGAGAGAGAGAAAUCUAGAAGCAGAAACAUAUACUGUACAUUAGUUGGUUAAAUAAAGGGGUUGAACACAACAAAAAGUGUUUAACUCUUGCUAUGCCAUAGUGUAUAGAAACUAGUGUACAGAUAUCUGCUACUUUUUGAUACUGUACUUGCCUUCGGAGGGGAACGCUUCCCGUGUUAAUGUGCUUUUUUCUCUCAGCUUUAAAUACUGUUAGAAUGGGAAGGAGAGACGCUCAUACAACAAUACACUUAAAAAAAAAAAAAUGCUGUCACUUUCUGAGGAGGUGUUUAAGAAAACCAGCACAUAUCUUCGUAUGUUUGUUUGUUUUUUAUUUAUUUUUAUCAUAUAUUUGUGUUUAUGUCAUGGGAAAUGAACAAUGCAAAAGAACAAGAGGGAAGAGUGAUGUUUUAAUAAAGGGAAAAACGAAAUGUUUGGUUUGCA